CAUCGAAAGCCUUGAUAUUUGUAUGUUAUGAGAUGCUGUAAUCCUCUCCGUUUACGACGAGGAGUCCGUUUCCUUGCUACUCUUUCCUUGGUCGAAAUUACCCUCAGCUGGAGCUAGACUUACGAGAUGCGCCACAAUGAAGCCUACCACUCCGCACACCAUGACUACUGGCUUGGCUGCGAUAUCUUGAACCACCACCUUUCUCUCGAAGGAGUGCUGAAUGUGUGCAGCUGAUAUCUAUGAGACGCCACGACAGGAUUCGCCCUUCAGCUAUGGUUCACAUACAUCUGGGCAGCGCUUUCAAUACGACCAUGGUGGGAACGAUCUGUGGACAAGAUCGAAUCUGCCGUGUUGGGACAACUCAUUACUCUUGAGGAGCUGUGUAUAAAGACCACGAAAAUGCCGUCCAAGAUGUCAGUCACAGUCACAAUUCAUUCUCCAACUUCAAGAUGCGUGCCUUCUUCACCUUACCUGUCCUUGCAGCAGUUGUUGCAGCUGCCCCUCGUCCUCAAGAUAUCGAUCUGGAUCAAGUCGAGCAAGCAGCAGAUCCUGUUCUAAUCACCCCUCCCGUCGACGUCGUCUCCCAGGUAGUCAACGUAGCAGCUGUUACCGAGCAGGCUGCCGCUGCCUCUGCUGCUGUGUACGCGGACCCUGCUGUCAACGAUGGCUCAUCCUCCAAAAAGCGCGGUGUCGUUGCAAGAGACGAAUCCCCUUGUGCCAAACAGCCCAAAGGAUCAGGACCUGUCGCCACACCUGAUACUGUAGAAGCUUUUCUGGCACUGGACAAGCUGUCGGCUAUGAGCACAACUGCCACCGCUCCCUAUGGUUACACGGAAGUUUUCGUCAACAAGCAAGCAUCGUUGAGUGCUAGCAUGUACAAGGGUCUUACCACCCUCACCAGCUACGAUGUACCAAAGUGCCAGUCUCUUUGCGAUGCAGACUCCGAUUGCGUCGCCUUCAACAUGUACGCAGAACGCGACCCCACCUUGAAGCCGGACGCUACCAAAUGUCCCAUCCCUGCCAGUCUUACCAACUACAAGUGCACUCUAUGGGGAGCACCUGUCUCGGCCGAACAGGCCACCAAUUUCGGCGAAACUCGUGCCUCUUUCAAAGUGGUCAUCACCGCAUCCAACGCAUACAACAAGAACGCAAAUCCUCCUUCCAUCAAUGGCUUUGCUGGUCCUUCGGGUUACGGUGGUGCGAUCAAUGCUCCUCUCGACUCCAACGGCAAGGACACCUUCAUGGGCAGCAAGUUCUUCCCCUUCUCUCAGGAGCAAGGUUUUACUAUGCAAUCUUGCACCAGUGCCUGCACUGCGCAGACCGAUUACAACAAGAACCACCCCAACAAGGAUGGUACUUGGAAGACUUGUGCCUUUGUAAAUGGUUACGUCUUGUCUAAGAACGGCGUUCCUCAGGGAUUGUAUUGCUCCAUGUAUACUCAAGUAUGGGAAGCUUCGUACGCGACCAACUAUGGGCAAUACCGCGGUACAUCAAGAUAUACUGUGAGCUACAGUUAUGGCUACACUCUGGCACCUGUGUCUUCUAAGGACCCUCUUGAACGUCUCUGUCCAAGAAUACAAAAGCGCGAUAUGUCCUCACUAUGCUCAAAGUACUAUCUCAAGGACGAUACCUCAGUCAGACCCGUGUACACACAACCCGGCAACCAAAGGAGUUGCGCCAACCAGUGCUAUCAUGAUGAUGCUUGCUGGGGCUGGGCUAUCGAUCAGGCGGGCACCACUUGUAGCUUCUACUCGAAGAGCGGCCGUGAGAUGGUCGACAAUCACGAUGCAGUUUACUACAGCAAUGCAAGCGACAUUGCAGACUUGCUCUUCUUCGAUAGCACCUGCUUCCAGGAAAACGGUUCCAGGUGUGGUGAGGCGAAGUAGACAAGAUGAAGAGGCAUCAAUGAAUACAAGAGCAAUUUCAUGAGAUAUCUUUUCUACUUGGACUUUUGAUCCAAUAUGACAUUCUGAGC